AAAAGGCGUGCAAGUUGUAUGAAACAGUCCGUCCCCAUUACAACUCAUCCAAAUACUCUUUCCAUUUUUUUUUUGGUUUUAAGAAAAAGCCUCCUCUAUCACUUCCAAGAAAAGUCUUGUUUCAUUUUCUUCAACUUUUAAUUCAUUUAAUUAUCAUUCAAUUUUCAGCAUUUUCGCAAAAUGGCAGUUUCACCUGAAUCUUUUCCCCCGAGAAAACGUCGGCCGUCGGCCAACUGUUUCGUGGCUCCGAAUCUCUCCGAUCGCAAUCUCCUUAAAUCUCUUCUUCUAUUAUCAUCAGAAAUCUCUACUUUAAAACCUUUGUUAUUUCUUCUCAAGAGAAAUACAUCUUCAAUUAUCAGGAAAUCCAAGCUUUUAUCGGUAUUAUUUGAGGAAAUUCUCGGUAGGGAUUUUACAUAUUCAAAUACAUCAAGAGGAGGAGGAGGACAUGUAACUGGUUUUCCACCUUCUGCUGUUUUGUGUUUCGAUGAAUUGUACAUAGUUUUACAGAGAAUGAAGACUUUGCUUGAAGAUUGCCGUAAUUGUAGUAAGAUGUGGCUACUUAUGCAAAUUGAUGUUUUCUGUAACGUUUUUCAUGAAUUAACUCUUGAAUUGUCUACUUUAUUGGAUAUUUUACCUUCCAAAAAGCUCAAAUUAAACGACGAUGUUCAGGAAUUGCUGAUUCUCAUAACGAAGCAGUGCUCGGAGAAAUUUACUUAUGUCGAUCCUAAGGAUCGAGAUUUACGAUCUCAAGUUGUUGAAAUGCUCGAUAGAAUUGAAAGAGAAAUCGUACCUGAUCAGUGUGAAUUAGCCGAAAUUUUUGAGAAAUUAACUUUGCGUGAUUCUACAAGCUGCAGGGAUGAGAUUGAAUUAUUGGAAGAAGAAAUUCAAAGUCAAACAGAUGAGAAAGCUAAAUCAGAUAUCAUCGCGUUGAUUGGAUUUGUUCGAUAUGCUAAAUGUGUGUUGUACGGCGGUUCAACACCGAGAACAAAUUCACGGCGGAGACGGGCGGCGGCGGAUGUUAAUGUUCCGGCUGAUUUCAGGUGUCCGAUUUCGCUUGACUUGAUGAAAGACCCUGUGGUGGUUUCCACGGGACAAACAUACGACCGCAGUUCAAUAACCCUUUGGUUCGAAUCGGGUCAUACCACGUGUCCUAAAACGGGUCAAACACUGACCCAUACAGACCUCAUACAAAAUUCAGCUUUGAAGAAUUUGAUAGCUAUGUGGUGCAGAGAGCAGAAAAUACCCUUUGAAUCAACGCAGAUGAACGUUAAAUCUAACGGCGUUGUUACCAACAAAACAGCGUUGGAAGCAACGAGAAUGACUGUGUCGUUUUUGGUCAACAAGUUGAAGGCUUCCCAAGUUGUAGAAUCGGCUAACAGGCUUGUUCAUGAGCUUCGAGUCUUAGCUAAGACGGAUUCAGAUAGCCGAGCCUGCAUUGCUGAAGCUGCAGCUUUGCCGUUAAUGGUUAAGCUAUUAGGUUCUGAGCAUCCGGGCUUACAAGUUAAUGCAGUUACAACAAUUCUCAAUCUAUCUAUUCUUGAGGCGAACAAGACGAGGAUAAUGGAAACAGACGGAGUUUUAAACGGAGUUAUAGAAGUGUUACGGUCUGGUGCAACAUGGGAGGCAAAAGGGAAUGCAGCAGCAACAAUUUUUAGCUUGUCAGGUGUACCUGCUUACAAGAAGAGGUUAGCUCGAAAGACACGUGUGGUGAAGGGAUUGAUGGAUUUGGCACGUGAGGGGCCAACGAAUUCAAAGAGGGAUGCCUUAGUAGCUAUUUUGAAUUUGGCGGGAGAUAGGGAGGCAGUUGGGAAGUUGAUUGAAGGCGGGGUAGUGGAAAUGGUAGCGGAGAUUAUGGAUGGAUUACCUGAAGAGGCAGUUACAAUUCUCGAAGUGGUGGUAAAGAAGGGUGGAUUGGUGGCCAUUGCAGCCGCAUAUCCAUUGAUGAAAAAACUGGCUAUAGUAUUAAGGGAUGGAACAGAUAGAGCUAGAGAGAGCGCUGCAGCAACGCUAGUAAACAUGUGUCGUAAAGGGGGAUCAGAGAUGGUGGCGGAAUUGGCAGGAGUUCAAGGGAUUGAGAGGGUGAUUUGGGAAAUAAUGGGAAUGGGAACAGGGAGGGGAAGAAGAAAAGCAGCAACAUUGUUGAGAGUUUUAAGGAGAUGGGCUGCUGGAUUAGAUGCAGAAGUGGCAUCAGGGGCAUAUUCAGAUGUGAAUAUGAAUACUUCAACCAGAAUAGUAUUGCCAGGUUAAUUUUUUUCGAAAAAAAAUUUGUUCUUUUGUUUAUUUGUUUACACAAAUAUGCACGACAAACUGUAACAUUUGUGAAUUGUACAAUUGUUCAUACCUUUUUCAAAUUGAAGAAAAUAGAACAAGUUUCAACAUUUAUUGACAAAAUUUAGCUGUGUA